AUGUCGGCCCCGCCCGUCCAAGAGAAUGCGGCAGAAGAGACUUGCGCGAUGGACGAGCAUCACGGAUCUACCGUCAGCACCAGCAAUGCAGACAUUACGAGCUUGCAGCCGACGCCCACUACAUCGAAUGUGCUGUCCCUCGAGCACAAACAGACCAGAAGAGCCACGUGUGCGAAGGACUUUCUUCAUCGUCGAAGCACCAGUCAAAGAAAUGAUGAAACAUGGGACAACUGGUCACUGGACACUGGCCCGAGGACCAGCGAUGGAGUUGAACGGACGAGCAGCUGUGACGACUCUGGCGCUCUCAGUGAGCAGUUCGAUGAAGGAUCUUUGCUGCUGCUGUUACGUGAUUCCACAACAGCUCCUGUUCACGCGACAGUUGAGAAAAGAAAAGACACUGAUCGGAGUAAAGCUGGAGUGGUUGCUGCUGUCUCUGGGAAAGGGGUUAUUACGCCUGACGGGGGAGUGAGAACGAUGGGACGAGACCCGAGCGCAGAAGCAGCGAAAGUGCUGAUGGCGAAAAAACACAAGGGUCUGUGUAGUAAAGUGACGGUCGCGCUAACUGUCGUUGCUGUGGGUAUCAUUGCUGGUGGAGGUGCCGUGUGUUGGAUGUUCCCGUCGUCGUCUGCUUCGGCUUUGGUGCAUGUUGCUGCCGCCAAGAUCGAGGAGGGUCUCAAGAUGCUGCUACUUCUUUUCCAGAAUAAAAUGGGGCAACUGGCCAACCACGCGAUGGAACUAGUGCGCAUUAAUUGGUUAGCAUUGCUACGAAAUGGGAUAUUGAGAAAGGCAGCGCGUGCGAUGGAGUUACGGGGUGCUUUAGGAAUGACCCUAGCGAAAGCAUCUGUAGCCGUUUUAGUGGGACUUGUGGAGGGCAUGCAAGAGCGUUUGGGACUCGUGCUGUCGAACUCGAUGGAAACACUUAACCUGUGGAUGCAAUGGAUGUACUCCAUUGUCAAAAAACAGCUAGCCGAUGUCGAGCUGUUCAAACACGUGCAAACUUUCUUGCUGAUAGCGAUUUCAAAUUUCGCAGAGGCGAUGAGGCAGAGUGGAGAGUGGCUAGGACUGGAGCCAACGAGAACCGAUAUGGAAUUACCCAGCGAGCAGUUUUUUGCUGCUCUAGCGACACAACAAGCUUCCAUUCAAAACAUAGGCAGAGGGCUCGUAGCUCGUGAGUCCCAAGCUCUACAUGACGUGAAACGCUUUGAGAAACGACGGGUUGCAAUCGCAGCCGUUGCCAACUCAAUCGUUGCCGAUACUCGGACUGCAGCACUUGAAAGCAUUCUUGACGUAAAAAUGGCUGCGCUGGAAUACAUUGACGAGCAUAUGCGGCAACUAGCUAAUCAAUAUGCUCCAGCAAUUGAACAGGCUCUUAAAGAGUACAAGCGCACGUUACGGCAAGUCAGAGAAGAGGGGAAAUCCUUGAUGCUAGCUCGAAGUGUAGCAGAAAACGCGCUUGCUCGGGGUAGAGCGGACAAAGCGGGACACGAUCUAACAGUUGAUGACAAACUGAUGAGAUCUAAAGUCCCAGGACAUCAGAUCAUCUUCAGGGACAUAUUUCGGUUCCAGUGUGACGCUGAAGAACAUCGCAUUCAUGGCCGACUUGGUGGCGAAAGUAGGCUGUCCGGCCGACUUACAGCAGAAUGGUUGCGGCUGAAAGAGGAAAGCUUGACUGAAGGCGUCUUGGAAGGAAGCUCUACUAUUGAAGACGUUCACCAAACGCUGCAAGAGAUCGCCAGAAGAGGCCUAGUGACUGUUGUUGUAAAAGAAGCACGAGCGAUCGAGCUCAGUGAUCCAGUGAAAACACUGGGGAGUGAGCGCGUCAACGAGGAGCUGGUGCAAUUGCUGACUGUCGGGCUUUCCGAAGUUUCUGCCGUAGACGAGUCUUGUUUCUCAAGGAACGAAGGCACUUGCAGAUCUAAGAGGGUGUCCGUGGUGGAUUAUAAGCUUGCCGAAGGACAUAUUCUUGACGCUUCGGUACAGCAUACGGAAACAGAAGAAGCUAUCAGUGAAGUGAAAAGCUCCAUAAUCACAGAAACCGUCGUGGCUGUCGGCGAUGCGGCGGUAAAGGUGGAUCAUUCGCUAGCGGAAGCGACGAGGCUGAUCAAAGUGCGUAACCUUUCUGAAGGAGAUGUAGUCAAGCAGGAGACGCAGUUACAGCAGGACGAUCGAGUUGGCAUACAAGUCAAAGUUGAAGACGGUGGUCCAAGUUUAACGCUUGCGUUGGACACACCCGCUGACAAUGGAGUCGACCAAGUACAAGCGAAUUUACCUCGCGCUGACACGAAAAUGUGUACAGCAGCUCGGGUCAAGAUCCAGCAAGAAUCUACGGUGGUGACUCAAAAAAUACAAAUGGUCACAUCUCAGCAACAAGAUGAUGAAGAUCCUGUGAUUGCAGCUGGAAUGGGGGAUGGUGCGACCAGUAUGCAUUCCGAUGGCGCGUACUCACUCAACUUAGAUAUGGACAUUGGUGGCACGACAAAGGUGGUUGCAGAGCGUAAACGACCCGCAGAUGAAGAAGUGAUGAGCGGGAACAGCUAUGCUGGAGCAAUAGCAGGAAUGGAUCUCCAUGAGGCUUUUGAUGGCGGAAGUAAUGAAGCCGGGCGGGAGCGCACCGGAAGCCAGUCUUCUAAGGAAGAUGCAUAUGCAGCGACAUUGACCGAUGCGGAUUAUGUGAAAAUGGAGCGCGCGGUAAUGGCAAAGGAAAUCCUAGAUCUUAAGCAAGCCGAACAGGCUCUAUUGCAGGAAGAGGGUGUCCGUAUUGACGUUGAAGAUGAGCUGCGCGUCAUUGCUCAAGAGCAAGGGAUAUACCUGCAUAUUGAGCAAGUACCUGCUGGAUACCAAGACGUCGGAACGAACACGGUGUCUACGCAACGCAAAGCUGUGACGGAUGAUGUGGCCGCCACGUCUUCAGAAUUGACUGCCGGUGGUUCAGUAUUGAUGCUGCAUGGUCCAGCUUGGAUGCAGAUCGGUGUGGUUUCGGUGAUUUUCCUGGCACUUGCGGCACUGACGGCGUAUUUCUUCACACGUCGCCAUAAGCAUGGCCUUUUUGCCCGAGUACCUCGUCGAGGCAAGCGGUGGCACGGACCAGUUGACGUAGAUGACGCCGAAGAAGUGGUGUUGUUGCCAGACGACAGCUCGGAUGAGGACUCUAGUGAAGACGUUACUGCCCGCUUGGAGGUUGUCGAGCUAGUGACGAACAUCAAAGUCGAUGCGACCAAAGUGAUUUCUUCUGGAUGUGAGGAGGAUGGAGAGAAGAAAAGUGUCCAUGCUACCCUUAAGGUUGUUGACGAAAGAGGAGACGUAGUCGAAGAGAAGGAUGAGGAAGAUGAAACGCGGUCCCGAUCGAUUGUUGUCGAGCGACUUCAUACUACGACGACGUAUGGGGUGAACCAUCCUGUCACUUCGGAUCCCGAUGAUUUGAUCAAUGGUGGCGAAAAUGCUAGCGUGCCUACUUUGACGCCACCAACCAUGAGACAAGAAACGCCCGACGCAUCACAGCGCACUCGUCAUCGGCGCCAUGAAAUUCGCACGUAG